CGACAAGUCGCCGAAGUCCACUCGAGGCGGAAAUUUUUUUAUCUCGGAAUACCGCAAGUAGAAGUCUAGGAAGAUAGCUGAUCACUACCAUGCUCGCCCGUAGCAGUGUCUCCCACAGCGGCAAAAAAGUCGCUGUGGUCCUUGCGGGUUGCGGCGUGUACGACGGUAGCGAGAUCCACGAGGCGGUAUUCACGCUUAAUACCUUGUCGAAGAAGAAAGUUGCGUACCAGUGCUUCGCGCCCAACAUCCCGCAGAUGCACGUUAUCGACCACACCAAGGGGGAGCCGAUGGAGAAGGAGACAAGGAACGUCCUGGUCGAAUCCGCCCGGAUAGCACGUGGGAAAAUCCAGGACUUGAAGGAUCUGAAAGCAGCCGAUUACGACGGUUUGAUCUUUCCCGGCGGAUUCGGCGCGGCGAAAAACCUGUGCGAUCUAGCGGUGAAGGGCCCCGAGGUGACGCUGGAGAAAGAAGUGGAGCGCGUGGUCAAAGACUUUCACAGCAUCGGCAAACCGAUGGGGUUCUGCUGCAUCGCGCCGGGAAUUGCCGCCAAGGCGUUAGGAGAAAGUGCAGGGGUGGAGGUAACCGUUGGAAGCGAGACGGAAUCACCGGACUGGCCGUACAUUAAGAUUGGCGUCGUGCCCUUCAAUGUUUUACAGUGUGAUAGUAGAUGCCGGUGAUGCACUUGUCGUUGUCCUCAUGUUUUUAAUUUUCAACUUUAGCUCUGAUAUUCCUGUGGCUUUCAGCUAAUGCUACUUCCUACGAAACAAAACACAGUUACGCCGGCACGGUUGGCGCUAUUAAGGCGGUGGGGGCGACGCACGUGGAAAAGCCGCUGAGCGACGCCCACGUGGACACAAAGAACAAAGUGGUGACAUCUCCGGCGUACAUGUGCGAGGGCGCGCCGAUUCAUGAGAUUGAAGAAAGCGUUGCUGCGAUGGUCACGAAGACCGUAGAGAUGAUGUGACCUGAAUGUUAAAAUGCUGUGAUGAUCUGGCGCUUCACAUCAAUCACAAUUCAUUGCUGCAAACUGCAAUGCACGCUUUCGCUUUGACGGGCUUUGGUAAACAGUUCCAGAGCAAACACAGACUUACGGUAGAUUUUGCGAAGGAUGCAUUUACGCACCAUUCUAGUAUGACAUUGCAUUCUGUCUCCGAAGAAAAAAAAGAAAAACUGCAUUUCUAUUGGUUUUGCAAGGCUACGAAUUCCUACAUUGAUUUGCUGUGAUGGCAAUCCU